GGAAUAGAAAAAAUAUUCGUGGACAUUCCUCCACAAUUUGAUUUCUUUGGUGUGGUUGAGCACUACCGAGGCAAUGAUCACGGACAUAGCGGCCCGAUCUAUGUUGCGUGUGGGGCUGUGGAAGCAAGCUUUUCACCGCCUUCCACACGCGUCGCAGAGAAGUUUCCAUUCGUCAGGAUUUGGACUCAAUUCCGGCCUGCAAAUGCCGGGCUCGAUCAUGCGACAUCCUGCCGGUCCUCGCAGGAACUUCUUCAACCUCGCUGGACGCAACAACAAGAAGCAACUCAAGAAGAUGGAACAAGAAGCGAAUGCAAACCCUGAAGAUGCAAGUCGACAAGUCAAGUUCUUGCAAGCCCUCAAUAAGGACUACCCGGCACUAGUAGUGCGGCGCGUCGAAGAAGGUCGUUUUGCACUCUCCCAGGAAGCGUACCGGGAAUACAUCAAAGCCCUCGUGCGCACUAACCGGAUGGACGCCACGGACACGAACCUUCUUCUCGCAAAAAUGCAGUCGUCAGCUCCUGCAUCGGCCAUUGCCUCUUCAAAUGCAUCUGCUCUCGCGGCCAGUGGUGCUCCCAUUGCGUCAACCAUUGCUGGGUCGGCGGCACAGGGCCUCUCCCCCAAUGAACCGAUGUAUGUCUCUAUGGUGGACGGAGGAUUCAAGAAGAAUCUGUGGCGCACGGCGCGAGUGGUUGCACUUGGCUUCAUGGUCAUCUCAGCCUUGACUGCAUUGAUUGAAGAAAAGGGUCUCGGUGGCAUUGGUGCAAAGUCGAAAGUCACUGCAGCAAUUGGAAGCGACAAGAAGUUUGCGGACGUCAAGGGUGUGGACGAGGCUAAGGACGAAUUGGACGAAAUCGUGCAGUAUCUCCGGGACCCAGAUAAAUUCACGCGGCUCGGAGGAAACUUACCAAAAGGCGUGCUCCUCAUGGGACCUCCUGGUACAGGAAAGACUCUGCUAGCACGAGCCAUCGCUGGCGAGGCAGGCGUACCCUUUUUCUACUCUUCCGGCGCAGAGUUUGAAGAAAUGUAUGUUGGUGUCGGGGCACGCCGCGUGCGCGAUCUGUUUGAUGCGGCAAAGAAGAAGGCUCCAUGCAUUGUGUUUAUCGACGAAAUUGACGCCAUUGGGGGGACCCGUCACUUGAAGGAGCAGUCCGCGCUCAAGAUGACUCUGAACCAGCUUUUGGUUGAAAUGGACGGGUUUGACCAAAACAAAGGCAUCAUUGUCAUUGGGGCGACGAACUUCCCCGAAAGCCUCGACAAUGCGCUGACCCGUCCUGGUCGGUUUGACAGGCAUGUGACCGUUCCUCUGCCAGACAUUGCCGGUCGAAAGGACAUCUUGGAGCUGUACACGAGCAAAAUCCCUUUGGGAAGCGACGUUGACUUGGACAUUCUGGCCCGUGCCACGCCUGGAAUGUCCGGUGCAGAGCUCUCCAAUAUGGUCAACGAAGCCACGUUGCGAUCGUCGCUUCUCAACCAAACUGUCGUGGACAUGGCUGCCUUUGAAUUUGCCAAAGACAAGUUGCUUAUGGGCGCCGAGCGAAAGUCGGCGAUCAUUUCGCCUGAAUCCGCCCGCUUGACAGCGUACCAUGAAGGUGGACACGCUCUGGUCGCUAUCAAUACCCCCGGUGCCCAUCCCGUGUACAAAGCCACCAUCAUGCCUCGUGGUCAAGCAUUGGGCAUGGUGAGCCAACUCCCAGAAGGGGAUCAGACCAGCAUCACACGCAAACAAUUGCUGGCGAGGCUGGACGUGUGCAUGGGCGGCCGUGUAGCCGAGGAGAUGAUCUUUGGCAAGGACGAAAUCACUGGUGGCGCUUCGUCCGAUAUCAUGCAAGCCACACAGUUGGCGCGACAAAUGGUGACGAAGUAUGGCAUGAGUGACGAAGUCGGCGUUGUGUUUCACGACUUGAAGGGCAAUGACACGUCCGCUGCCACGCGCACAUUGAUCGACAACGAGGUGCGCAAGUUGUGCGAUGCGUCAUACAAACGGGCGUCCGCCAUCCUCCAGAAGAACCGCGCGGAUUUGGAGACUUUAGCCAAGGCACUCUUGGAAUACGAGACCCUCUCUGGACAAGAAAUCAACGACAUCUUGCGCGGGGUCAAACUCAACCGGUCCAAAGAAGUAAAGAAAGUCAAGCAGUAGAGAUCUUCGUAGUAACAUGGAGGGCGUUGACAGUUCCGGUUAAAUAUCCGUACGUUAAGCUCAUUUUCAAAUUUGCGCGCGA